CCAAGUCUCCGUAAACCCUCUCCUCCACACAACUUGAAAAUCUCCGUUUUCCAUAUUGUCCCCUUUCGUAGAAAAAUGAGAAAACUAGAAAAAUCGAAAUUUAUUCUUUUCAACUAAAGUCGAAUAGAGGACGAAAACAAAUAUAUUGACUCAGACCAAUAAUAGUUCACUGAGCUCUCUAUAUAGCUAUCAAUAACUCUGGUUCAUCACGUCUCAUUCCAAAAUUUCUAAUGCAUUCCGUGAAUGAUAUCACCAAAUUCAUAUAACUUCUACUUCGCUUGCUUCAUCAUCUCAACAUCUUUCUCCUUCAUAUUCUAGUUUCAGUAAAACCCACGCACACACCUUAAACCGUUCCUUCUCAUAAUAGCAUCAUGGAGACGCCAAAACUCACGCACGUGGUUCUCGUUUCAAGUCCAGGUCUGGGCCAUCUCAUUCCCGCCGUUGAGCUCGCCAAGCAUUUUGUCCUUCUCUACAACUUCAAAGUCACGGUUAUCGCUGUCACUUCCCAAACUUCACGCGCCGAAACGCAGAUCCUCGACUCUGUUCUCACACCGUCCCUCUGCCACCUCAUUGAUAUUCCUUCACCAGACAUCACUGCCUUCGUUGCCCAAAACGAUGCCGUCGUCACUCGCCUCUGCGUCGUCAUGCGCGAAGCCAGACCCGCCAUCCGCUCAGUUCUUUCCGAAAUUACCCCUCGCCCUUCCGCAGUCAUCGUUGAUCUUUUCAGCACCGAGACCAUACCCAUAGCAAGAGAACUCAAUAUCCUCGGCUACGUCUUCAUUGCUUCACACGCUUGGAUGCUCGCCUUGCUUCUCUACUCGCCGGUGCUGGAUGAACUGGUAGAGGGACAAUACGUCGACCAAACGGAACCCAUCAAAAUCCCGGGCUGCAAACCGGUUCGACCGGAGGACGUGUUGGACCCCAUGCUGGACCGGAACGACAGACAGUAUACAGAGUAUCUUAAAUUAGCAAACGGGGUCCUGCAAAGCGACGGUGUUUUGGUGAACACGUGGGAGGAGCUUCAACGUGAAGAGCUUGAAGUGCUGAGGGAGGGAGGUUCGCUGAGCGAAGCCCUAAAUAUGAAGAUUCCCAUAUACGCUGUGGGACCUCUCGUGAGAGAGCCCUUGUUAGAAACCAAUUCUUCAACUGAGUUGCUGGUGAGGUGGCUCGAUCAACAACCGAGUAAAUCCGUGGUUUACGUGUCGUUUGGCAGCGGAGGAACGGUGUCGUCUGAACAAAUGAAGGAGCUGGCUUGGGGGUUGGAACUGAGUGAACAGAGAUUUGUUUGGGUGGUGCGCCCGCCCACAGAAGGAGUUGCGGACGCGGCGUUUUUCACCACCGGGAGUAGCGGGAUUGAUGAGGUGGGGAAGUAUUUGCCGGAAGGGUUUGUUUCGAGGACUAGCGAAGUGGGCCUGCUGGUUCUGGAGUGGGCCCAACAAGUAACUAUACUAGGUCAUCGUUCAAUUGGAGGUUUUCUUUCACACUGUGGGUGGGGCUCCACGCUGGAAAGUGUAACAAACGGUGUUCCGUUGAUCGCGUGGCCGUUGUACGCGGAGCAAAGGAUGAAUGCGGCGCUGGUGGCGGAGGGGCUGGGCUUGGCGGUUCGGCCCAGGGUGUUGCCGACGAAGAAGGUGGUGCGUAGGGAGGAGAUAGCAGAAAUGGUGAGGGAGGUUAUUGAGGGAGUGGAAGGUGUGAAGGGCAAUCGCGUGAGAGAGAGAGUGAAAGAGCUGCAGAAAAGUGCAAUGAAGGCUGUGUCGAAGGGUGGGUCGUCCUAUGUUGCACUGUCUCAACUCGCGAAUAGAAUUGCGGGUUGAAGAGAUGUUUAUGGAGCCAUUAUUCUAUACUGUGUUGUAAUAGUUGAAAAUAUGAUAAUUAAUGGCUUAUGUUGUGUGUGAGAAGAAGUAGUGUUAAUUAAUUAAUAUUUUGACUAAAUAAUCUGUUUUGAGGAAGUUCUUUUUCACUCACUCCCUUGUCUUGCUUACAAGGCUCGAUUGGAAUCUCAUGCAAAGAACGUAAGAGAUUGUUAUAGUUGAAAGAAGCCAAGGUUCCCUGCAGCUUAUGGUUUAUAGCCAAUCUCACAGUAUAUCUUCUCUUCUUCCUUUUUAACCUCUCUCAUUAGUAUUUGUA